CUCUCUACCUGAGCGUUCGGCGGGCUUUUUGAGAUCAGCUGGGCUCAGAAACAGAAGUUCGCAGCAUGAACAAAGGGGCGGACCUGUUUCUGUUGUGUCUGCAUGUUAUCUGAGCCAUAAAAGGCCUUUUUUAGGCAGUAAUAUAAAGCUAAAAUAUAAGUAUAAAGACCGUACACGGACCAUAAAGCUCGGUACUCAUCAUUACUCCAGACUUUUUCCUGGAGAGGAAGCGUAACGUCUUCAACUACGAAAAACAAGUCCAUUUGUUUUGUUUUUACUUUUUUUUGGAACAGCGUGAACAAAGUUCUGUCCGUCAGACGGGAAUAAAUCUGCGUUUUGGGCCAGAAUCAGCGAAUCCUCCGGAGGUUCUGAAGCCAGAGAUCCCACCAUGGAGGACCCUCAUUGGGUACCUGAAUGAACGAGACAAGGGGAAAGUACUAUCUGUUGUUGGAAAGGUUGUUGGGAAGUCUGGUCUACGUACGUAUCAAACCAUGGAAAAGAAGAAGAAGUUCUUCUUCUACCUGGGAGUCGCUGAUGAGUCCGGCUGCGUCAAAGUGAUGGUGUACGGAAAAGAGCGCUUCAAGACGUUUGAAGAGGGGCGCACCUACUCUUUCAGAAAUGUCUUUGAGGAGGAGGUCAACAAUGAAAAGGUCCUGAAGGUUACAACAACCAGCACACCAUCGCAAAGGUUCCUAAGGCCAACGUUCCCGAGAAUGUGGAGCAGCAGGCACAGAUGCUGAUUUACAGCCAGAGUCCACUUUACUCCAUUGAAAAGAUCCAAUCCUUGGAUGAGAAGACAUCAGUGAGCAUUGAAGGAACCGUGGCUGAGAUAAAACCAGAAGAAGAAGUCAAACUGAAGAGGAAAAGGACCAAAGAAAAGUUGCAAAAGUUCCAACUUAGAGAUGAAACCAGGUCCAUCUGGAUCACGCUGUGGCGCAAAGACACCGAGCAGCUGAGAGGAACGUCCGUCGGAGACUUUGUCCGGGUGAUCAACCUGAAGACCAACUGGUACCACAAGACCUUGUCUCUGAACUCCACUGACUACACCAGAAUUUACAAGGUCCAAAGUGCUGCUGUCCAGAAUGUGACCGUUAAAAUUGAAGGGGUCAUAAAAGCUGGAGGGAUGGAGUCUGAGCUGGAGGUGGAGAUCAACCACCAGCUGAACACCUUCAUCAUGUCCUCUCGGCUCCUGGCUGAUGCUCUUGGUAUCAAGCUGCAGGGCGACUUUGAGGACAAACUCCUGGAGAUGUUGCCAUUUACAGGCAAAGCAGAAAUACAAGGAAACAGGAUCUUAAAGCUGCAAAAGAAAAGCAAACCUAUGAGAAUCUGAGCUUUCCAACCUGAAUGUUUUAAUCAUAAACAGAUUUAUCCUUUAAAGCUGAAAGCUUUUCACAAUCCUGCAGCAUAAUUGAUUGUAAUCAGAUUUUUGCUACUUUCUGACUCAAAUCUGACCAGAAUGAAGGAAUUCUGCUUUGGAUCUGUCCUGUUUUUUUUCUACGAACGUCCAACAUUUUCACUCCUGAGAGAAUCUGAUGUUCUGAAUUCAUCAUGUUGGAAUAAAACAACAUUUAAUCUCU